GGGAUAAUAAAAAGUGUGUGUUUUUCUCUGUUCGUUCCUGGAGAAUCAUUUUUCACUUUUCCCACACAAUCGCUUCAUCCGUCUCUUCCACAACUGAUUCUCUUUCUUUUUCGUCUUUAGUUUCUUCUUGAAUCUUCCGAGAACUCUACUCGUUUCUUCCAGAUUCUCCAAUUUAGCUUGUGUUUUUCUUGAAUUCUCUCAACUUUACUCUGUUUCGCUCAUACUUGUUCAAUCGACGACGUACGAAUCGAAUUUUGGAACUUGUCGCUCUCCGUUAUUGCAUUUCCAAGUUGGGCUUAAUCGGAUUUUGCUUCCCACUCGACACCCUCUUCGGUCCCUGUGUUUCGAUACCGAUUCUGUCAAGAUGGUUGAUAAACAGUCCAAUGAUCUUAAGAAAAAAGGAGGAGGAGAGCUUUGGGAAGAGAAUAAACCUGAGAAGCUGGGCGAGAAAAUCCACAAAUCUCACCGAGAGAAGUUAGCACCUGCUGAUGAGAGGAUGCAAAGAUCAGACACAAGACUCUAUCUCCCAGCAGAUCUAGUGGAGAACAUUCUCAUAAGGCUUCCAGUAAGACAACUUGUGAGGUUUCAAAUCGUUUGUAAAGAUUGGAGAAGUCUCUUAGGCCAAAGCAGAUUCAUCUACGCUCAUCUGAAAAACAACAGCCACAAGUUCCUUCACUCAAGAGACUCUUCUCAGAUUUGGAUAGUAGAGAACUUGGAUCAAUCUCCUCUAUACUUCAAACUGUGUGAUCUCCGUGGUGAACAUAUCCGAGGUAUCUCAGCCUGUGAUGGAUUAAUUUUGUGCAACACUUACUCUGGCAAAAUUGCAAUCUGGAACUUACAAGUACGUAGAUGGCUACCCGAUAGAGAGUUUGUGUCCUUUGAUGACUGCUGCUGCCUUGGACGCACAAGAGACAUGAUAUACAAGGUUUUAACCUUCAAUCUCGUUGCUAGCCGUUAUUAUGAUAGUGCGUUAAAUACACUUGAAGCAGAAAUAUGUGAUCUCCAUUCACAGAGCUGGAAGUCUGUAGAGAUGGAUGACACUUGGACUUUGUAUAGGAAUAAGUUUGUCGUGCUAUCACUGGGAGGAAAUUCGUUUUGGUUAGCUUGCUGGUGUGACAACAAUGAAGUCUUUGUGCAGUCGUUUAACUUUUCCACGGAAUCGUUUAUACCAGUUAGACUUCCUUUUGUGGUCAAGCCAUUGGAUGAGACUACAACAGCUUUAUCGUGUUUCCAGGAAGAUAGAAUCUCUCUCCUUUAUCAAAGACACAGAGAACUUACUGAGCUGUGGGUUACUAACAGAGUCGGAGAUGAGGUUCCAGUUUCAGCUUGGACGAAACUUUUUAGCAUCACAAGUGAUCAUCCUCUCAUUCAUCAUGAUCCCAGCUACUUUGUCAACCUAAACAAUAUCACAAUCUUUUGUGAAGAGGUAACAGCAGCAGGUGAUGUUCAGAUCAAAUUGUUGAAAUUGUCUCAAACUAGGGUGGAGCGAACAAAUGUGCACAGGUAUAACCGUUCGAAGACAAAGUGGUGUGCCCCUUCAAACAACUGUGUUUACUUUCACACUUUGGUUCCUGUAGCAGGAUUGUAAGAUGGGAAAGACAACCUGAACUUGAUCAGCAAAAACCCACUGAUGCUGUCUUGAUUCUACUACUAGUACUUCUACAUGUUGUAAUCUGAAAGAUGUAUAUACAGAUACUGACUCAAUAUCAAAAAUAUUUUGAUACCUAGAGGUAUAGCCAGCCAUUCAAAGAGUGGAGUCGUGGUUAGGUGAGUUAGAUUUUAACAGAUAGAUCCAAGUUUUAUUACUGUUAUCCUGUUGAUUCUUCUUCUUCUACUAGCUAGUUCUACAAGCUGUAAUCAGAAAGCUCUUAAGAAAUAUAAAUACAAAUUUUGAAUCAUUACAGAU